AUGGAGCCUCGCAACCUCGACCACCGUCGUGCCAACUUCAAGGGCCGCACUCAGUUCUCUGCGCAGGAGCUCCGUCGUAGGCGUGAGGAGGCUCAGGUCGAGAUCAGAAGGCAGAAGCGCGAGGAGUCUAUCGCCAAGCGUCGUAACUUCCAGCCCGUUAGCGAUGACCUUGACUCUGAUGACGAUGUUGAGGACCUGGCCGACGCUCAGCUCGGAGACCAGCUCCCCCAGAUGAUCCAGGCUAUCUACUCGAACGACCAGGAGACGCAGCUCGAGGCUACCACGAAGUUCCGCAAGCUGCUUUCGAAGGAGAAGAACCCCCCUAUCGACCGUGUGAUCGAGGUCGGUGUCGUCCCCCGGUUUGUUGAGUUCCUCUCGUCGACCAACACCAUGCUCCAGUUCGAGGCUGCCUGGGCUUUAACCAACAUCGCCUCCGGAACGAGUGACCACACCCAGGUCGUCAUUGCCGCUGGUGCCGUUCCCCUGUUCAUCCAGCUUCUGUCUUCGUCCGUCCUCGACGUCCGCGAGCAGGCUGUCUGGGCUCUGGGUAACAUCGCCGGUGACUCUGCCAAGUGCCGUGACUACGUCCUCAACCAGGGUGCACUCCAGCCCCUUCUUCAGCUUCUCUCUGAGAACCACAAGCUUUCUAUGCUCCGCAACGCUACCUGGACUCUUUCCAACUUCUGCCGUGGAAAGUCCCCGCAGCCCAACUGGGAGCUCAUCUCGCCGGCCCUUCCUGUUCUCUCCAAGCUCAUCUACUCGCUCGAUGACGAGGUCCUCAUCGAUGCUUGCUGGGCCAUCUCCUACCUCUCCGACGGAACCAACGACAAGAUCCAGGCUGUCAUCGAGAGCGGUGUCUGCCGUCGUCUCGUUGACCUUCUGAUGCACCCCUCGACGGCCGUUCAGACUCCCGCCCUCCGCUCGGUUGGCAACAUCGUCACUGGUGACGACCUCCAGACCCAGGUCGUGAUCAUGUCUGGCGCCCUCCCUGCCCUCCUCUCCCUCCUGUCGUCGCCCAAGGACGGUAUCCGCAAGGAGGCGUGCUGGACCAUCUCCAACAUCACCGCUGGCUCCCCCCAGCAGAUCCAGGCCAUCAUUGACGCCAACAUUAUUCCUCCCCUCAUCAACAUCCUCCAGAACGCCGACUUUAAGACCAAGAAGGAGGCUUGCUGGGCUAUCUCGAACGCCACCUCUGGCGGUCUCUCGGAGCCUACCCAGAUCCGCUACCUUGUCAACCAGGGCUGCAUCAAGCCCAUGUGCGACCUCCUCCAGUCCAUGGACAACAAGAUCAUCCAGGUUGCCCUUGAUGGUCUUGAGAACAUCCUGAAGGUCGGUGAGAUCGACAAGGAGAAAGCCGGACCCGGUGCCGUCAACCAGUACGCCCAGUACGUCGAGGAGGCCGGUGGCAUGGUUGCCAUCCACAACCUCCAGCACCACGAGAACCUCGAGAUCUACAAGAAGUGCUUCUAUAUCAUGGACAAGUUCUUCCCCGAGGACGAGGACGAGGAGGAGGGCGACGCCGCUCCCGCCGUCGACUCGACUGGCCAGUACGCCUUCCAGUCCAAUGUCGCUGCUCCCCAGGGCGGCUUCAACUUCGGCGGCAACUAA